AUGUCCUCGCAAGCUCUGCACAUAGCGCUCCUGCGCCCUCCGAUCCUGCACAUUCUCCGUGCAGCCGGCUUCCAUACGACACGCCCUUCGGUGCUCGACACCGUUGUUGAUCUCGCAGCACGCUACCUUAUUCUUCUCUCUUCAACAACCGCAUCACAUGCCUUUAAUAAUCACAAUGAUUUUGCUCCCGACAUUACAGACGUCCGCAUGGCCAUGCAGGACCUCGGACUGUUUCAGCCUGAAAUGGGCGUGGUAGACGAGGAAUGGCAUGGCGAUGAAGAUUUACGAGGCAUAGACGCAUUUUUGGAAUGGGCAAAGGGUGAUGUGAAUCGAGAAAUUCGUAGAAUAGCGGGUCUCGUGGGAGAAACGGGCCAGCCGGAUAUGGAUUCUCUGGAAGAGAGAGAAGACUAUUUGACAGCUCUGAAAAAGAAACACUCCAAAACGGGCGAAGAGUCGCGAUACCAAGGCACCGCACUGGGUAAAUUCGCAGACGACAGGCCCAUCAAGAUUGAAGGCGGGCAAGCCGAGACCAUUCAAGCAUGGCAAGAUCUUGCCCGGGAACGAGCACGAACCGAAGCCGCUGCUUCUUUGAAGUCAAGAUCAAAAUCGAACAAGUCUGGAAAUUCUGCAGAUUCGCAAAUGGAUGUGGACGAGUCUUCUUUGUCGUCACCAGGAGGAAUGCUAACGUCGCGUUCGGAGUCAAUAUCAGCCUCAAAUGGCGCGACUGCAAAGACAGCACAACAUUCAGAUGAUGAUACUAUGCAGGAAUGA